UCUCUUGGAGCUCUGAGAAGACCAGUCCAGGGAAGUUCAAGUUGAUCCCCAACUGGAAAAUCAAUUCUCUCCACCAAAAUAAUUUCCUGGUUGAGACACAGAUGAGUGAGGAGGAGAUCACUUAUGCAACUAUAAGAUUCCAUAAGUCUUCUUCAGGGUUGCAGAAUGAAGGAAAGCCUGAUGAGGCUCAAGAGCCCAGAAAAGCUGGCCACAAAAAGUGCUCAGUCCCAUGGCACCUCAUUGCAAUACCUCUGGGAAUCCUUUGUUCCAUUCUUCUGGUGGCUGUUGCAGUGUUGGUGACACACAUUUUUCAGUAUAACCAAGAAAAGCAUGAAUUUCAGAAGACUCUAAAUAAUCUUCGUCAAGAGUACAGACCCAUGAAAGAUGACAACUACUUAAGGAACAAAAUGUUGAGAAAUAAAACUAUAGAGUGUGUUUCCCUCAAAGACCAUUUAAACUCCCUAGAAAGAAAACAGAGCAGAUGCUGUAAGGAAACGAAAGUUGUUUUAAAAUGUAAACAGCGCACAGGCACAAGUGUUGAAGGAUACUGGUUCUGCUGUGGCAUCAAAUGUUAUUUCAUCCUGGGCAAAAAACACUGGAUUGGAUGUAAACAGACCUGCGAGGACUGCAGCUUAUCACUUUUGAAAACUGAUGAUGAAGAUGAACUGAAAUUCCUUCAGGUUCAAAUUAAUCAAGGUGGUUACUGGAUUGGAUUAUCAUAUAAUGGGAUAAAAAGCAAAUGGCAAUGGAUUGACGGAUGCCCAUCUAAACUUGACUUGAACAUAGCAAACCUCAGUCAUAAAACUGGAAAAUGUGCAUUUUUAUCUAGAACACGACUAGAAAAUAAUAACUGCACUAAUGUCUACCCCUGUGUCUGUGAGAAAAGACUGGAUAAAUUACCUGAUUUACUCUCCAGCAAGAGGACUUGGUCCUCCUUGCAAACAGAGAGAUGUGCUGGAAGAGGUUGAAAACAUUCUCCUGAAUCUGACUUGACAGAGCAGAGGUUAUCUUCUUUCUUGAAGGGGUAUAUCUUCUCUGGUACCUGGACACCCAUUGCCCCAAGCCCUUAAAGAAUCUGCUCUUUCUGUUUUCUUAAACACCCAUAAAACUAAAUAGAGA